UAGCAAUAAGGAGUUUCGUCUUAAUUUCAUUGGGUCCUGCUGCUUUUUCAGUCUUUGUCUUUUUUAUCUGGUAUUCUAACUCAAUUUUACAAUCUUCCAUUGGUUUUAUAGUGUUACAGCAGGGGUAUGGGUGCGGGUGGCUGAACUGUUGCAGGUGGCAGCACUGGGAGUGGCGGGAAGAGAGAGACUGAAAGAAAGGAGACGCUUGGCCCGAGAGGAAGCCAGCGUGUGCCUGUCUGUUUGGAAGUGUUUCCCUGCCUGUUGAGUGUCUUGUUGAGUGCCUGUCGUGCCCUGGGAGACUUGUGGUGCCCCUGUGAACUUGUAAAGCAGUGUACUUGCAGAGGAUUUGUCAAUAAACCUAGGAAAUAGUGCCCGUGUUUUCCCCUGUGCCCCGGCCUCGUGUAUGUGUGUGUGUGUGCCUUGUCCUGGCGUUCAGUGUGACUUAUUUGAGGCCCCGCUGGUGUUGUUUCUCGACCCGUGCCCUUGUGGAUAACACGCCCGCCCGGAGUGAAGGGUGGGCGCAACAAUAUCAUCAGUGUUUAUCGUGAAUGCUGCAUCCACGUGUUGUCUUGACUGAUAUGGUGCCAGGCAGAGUCCAGGCUGCACGCCCUGCUCGCCGCCAACCAAUCUUGUUGUGUCCAUGGCGUGUGCUGGUGGGAGUGGUGUUGUGGUAGAGGCCGUGAGGCCGGGCAGCAGCAUGAGUGGCCAGCAGCAGCAGCAGCAGCAGCAGCAGCAGCAGCCAGCCUCAGGUGUGGGGAGGCGCAGGCAUGGUGGCAAGAAUCACCUGGAGGCAGGCAGCUUUGUCCACAGAGGAGAGAGCAAGUUUGAGUGCCAGCAGUGUGACAAAACUUUUGUAUCCAAACAAGGCCUUAAGUACCACACCCUGGCACACAGUGGUGUUAGAAAUUAUGAGUGUGGUGAGUGUGGGAGGAAAUUUACCCACAAGUUUUCCCUCACCUCACACACCCUGACACACAGUGGUGCUAGAAAUUAUGAGUGUAAUGAGUGUGGGAAGAAAUUUACCCUAAAGGCUUCCCUCAUCAGACACACCCUGACACACAGUGGUGUUAGAAAUUAUGAGUGUGAUGAGUGUGGCAGGAAAUUUACCAGAAAGUCAACCCUCAGCAGACACACCCUGACACACAGUGGUGUUAGAAAUUAUGAGUGUGAUGAGUGUGGCAGGAAGUUUAUUACAAAAUCUGAACUCACCACACACACCCUGAUACACAGUGGUAUUAGAAAUUAUGAGUGUGAUGACUGUGGCAGGAAAUUUAUUACGAAAUCUGACCUCACCAAACACAUCCUGACACACAGUGGUGUUAGAAAUUAUGAGUGUGAUGAGUGUGGCAGGAAGUUUACCAGAAAGUCAACCCUCAGAAGACACAUCCUGACACACAGUGGUGUUAGAAAUUAUGAGUGUGGUGAGUGUGGCAAAAGAUUUCCUACCAUUUCUUGUCUCAAUCAACACACCUUCAGACACACUGGCUUGAGAGUGUUUAAGUGUGAUGUUUGUGGCAAGUGUUUCAAGACAAAGGGUGAUAUUGCCAGCCACAUAAGGGUCCACUUCUGAGGUGGUGUGUUGUGUGUGGGGCCACACCCAUUAAAAAGAGUAGUACUAGUAUUAGAAUUAUUGUUAUUCUCAUUAUUAUUAUUACCGUCACAAAAAACUAUAAGUUUCAAGAGCAACCAAUGAAAUGAAAGUAUAGAACUAGCUGAAAUAGAGAGAGAGUGUUGGGGCGGCUCGAUCUGGUAUCAUUGACAAGGAUGCACUCUGAUCACUGGCAGCAGUGUUGCCGUGGUCUUCCACCACGACACUCUUAGGUGUUAACAUACCUAACCUAACCUAAUGGGAGCCAUUGCCCCUUAGGAGUGGCACUUAAUUUGUGAGGGACAGUGGUCAGGGAGCCAGGAGGUUGGAGGGAGUGCAGGCCUGGCCUAGUGUUGCAAGGAAGGGGCAGGAAGCAGGGUGUGUGUUGCAGGCAGGGGCAGUGUGUAGCCUAGUGUUGCAAGGAAGGGGCAGGAAGCAGGGUGUGUUGCAGGCAGGGGCAGUGUGUAGCCUAGUGUUGCAAGGAAGGGGCAGGAAGCAGGGUGUGUUGCAGGCAGGGGCAGUGUGUAGCCUAGUGUUGCAAGGAAGGGGGAGGAAGCAGGGUGUGUGUUGCAGGCAGGGGCAGUGUGUAGCCUAGUGUUGCAAGGAAGGGGCAGGAAGCAGGGUGUGUUGCAGGAAGGGGCAGUGUGUAGCCUAGUGUUGCUAGGAAGGGGCAGGAAGCAGGGUGUGUUGCAGGCAGGGGCAGUGUGUAGCCUAGUGUUGCAAGGAAGGGGCAGGAAGCAGGGUUUGUGUUGCAGGCAGGGCAGUGUGUAGCCUAGUGUUGCAAGGAAGGGGCAGGAAGCAGGGUGUGUGUUGCAGGCAGGGGCAGUGUGUAGCCUAGUGUUGCAAGGAAGGGGCAGGAAGCAGGGUGUGUUGCAGGCUGGGGCAGUGUGUUAAGCAGCCCUUGGCCCAGUGUGUGCUGACUGUCGCUGUUGUUCCAGGUGCCAGGCAGAGUCCAGGCUGCACGCCCUGCUCGCCGCCAACCAAUCUUGUUGUGUCCAUGGCGUGUGCUGGUGGGAGUGGUGCUGUGGUGGAGGCCGUGAGGCCGGGCAGCAGCAUGAGUGGCCAGCAGCAGCAGCAGCAGCCAGCCUCAGGUGUGGGGAGGCGCAGGCAUGGUGGCAAGAAUCACCUGGAGGCAGGCAGCUCUGUCCACAGAGGAGAGAGCAAGUUUGAGUGCCAGCAGUGUGACAAAACUUUUGUAUCCAAACAAGGCCUUAAGUACCACACCCUGACACACAGUGGUGUUAGAAAUUUUGAGUGUGGUGAGUGUGGGAAGAAAUUUACCCACAAGUCUUACCUCACCAAACACACCCUGACACACAGUGGUGUUAGAGAUUAUGAGUGUGGUGAGUGUGGGAAGAAAUUUACCCACAAGUUUAACCUCACCACACACACCCUGACACACAGUGGUGUUAGAAAUUAUGAGUGUGGUGAGUGUGGGAAGAAAUUUACCCACAAGUCUUAUCUCACCUCACACUCAUUGACACACAGUGGUGUUAGAAAUUAUGAGUGUGAUGAGUGUGGAAAAAGAUUUCCUACCAUUUCUCGUCUCAAUAAACACACCUUCAGACACACUGGCUUGAGGGAGUUCAAGUGUGAUGUUUGUGGCAAGUGUUUCAAGACAAAGGGUGAGAUUGCCAAGCACAUGAGGAUCCACUUCUGAGGUGGUGUGUUGUGUGUGGAUGUGUGGGGCCACACCCAUGCCUGUGGUGGUGGUGGUGGUGGUGGUGUGAGGGAGUAACAGCCCCAGCAGUUGUUUUGUUGGCAGUGCAGGUGUGACCUUCAAUAAAUGUGUGUAUAACAUAACGCCAAGUUCUUUUCCGUUUUGAGCGGUGGUGUGUGAGUUCCCUGUGUUUGGUGUUUGGUGCACAGUCAUGGUGGCCACAAGCACCGCCCCCAACACUUGCUUCACUGUAUCUGAGCAGCCGCGUCCCUCACCACCCUGCCAGCCUGUCUUGCGUGCACUGGGUGUGCCUGAGCCGUCGUGCAGACGCUGGGGCACGGCUGUGGCAGUCUUCGGCAAGCACGGGCGUCUGGCGUGGUGGUGUAAGAAUACACGUCGUGUCUUCUGUAUCAGUUAGGAAGAGCAGGGGACCCAGCACAGAGCCCUGGGGCCCCCUGCCGUGCACCUUCACUCUGCUGGACGCUGCUGCAUGUACUAUUGUGCCUCUACAUGCUGCACCUGCUGGAGGUGUUUCAGUGGUACAAGGACUGUGGCAAGGGUGACACAGGCAGAAUUCUCAGGAUACAAAAAGACAUGUUAUCAAUGUCUGUCAUAUUUCUCUACUCACUUCUUCACUUUGCUGGCCAAGAACACAUUACACUGUACAGUCUUGCUGCUGUAAUGCCAACACACUCUAGCAAAAAAUAAAUAAAUAAAUAAAAAAACUUCAGUAGCCUGGGAAGCAAAAUACAUGAAAAAAAGGGGAAGUGACAACUAGAAAGAAAAAAAAAAAAAGGAAAACAAAACUGCUGAACAAAAAAAAAUGUAUUGGAAAAAAAAAGAUUAUUUUGACAGCACACACACACACACACACACACACACAGUGAAUGUAACAUGCACACAAUUAGAAUGUAACCAAACUAAGAUAAAUUACUUGAUAAGGCAGAAGUCAAACACCAGUGACACACACACACACACAUACAGCAAGGAUGUUAACCACCAACAAUUAAGGUAAAGCCCAGACACACUAAUUAAUUGUUAUAACACAGUCAUUUAAGUUUUGUUAUUAUGAAGUGGUUAGUUACCAUUGUUGCCUGUACAGGAGGUCCCAACACUCCAAGGUAACACAAAUAACUUCUACAAAUUAUUUGUCAAUCAGAAGAGAGAAAAAUAAUGUGAAAACCUUCAUUGUUAUUUAGAAGAUAACUUCAAUAAAAGUCAGCAUGGUCACCAAGGAGUCUCUCCAGUGCCUUGUUGGCCUCCGGAAAAUCGGAAAAUGUUGCCAAGCAAAGAAAGGCCAGAACUAUUUGGCGCUAACAAUGACUGCUGCCAGAUAAUCUUUUUAUUUUUUAUUUUUUAUUUUUAUUUUUUUUUUUUGUAUUACAUUAAUAACAACCAAGUCAAAACUAAGUUGAGCAAUAAACUAAAUCAAAGCAAAAGUAUAUCAACUUAAAAACUUAAAAAAAAGAACAAUGCAAAAUUUAAUUAAACUUUUUCAUCAAAACAGAGGAAGAGACACAUCAAUCAAAAACACUCCCCUGUGAAACUCUCUCUCUCUCUCUCUCUCUCUCUCUCUCUCUCUCUCUCUCUCUCUCUCUCUCAGUAGUAAUGACUGUACUGACUAAAUUAUAAAUACAGGUACAAAAAUUAAGUCUACCUAUAUAAUUUCUCUCUCUCUCUCUCUCUCUCUCUCUCUCUCUCUGUUUCCUUGUUCGUGAUUCACAUUGUUAUGUCCAGCAUUACUUCACAUUUCUCACACGUUAUUUGUUACUGUAGGUAAAGCGUAUGCGCCUCACGCCAUUGUUCCUCGGUAAUCACGAAUGAAAUGUUGAGCAGUUUUCUAUUUGCAAGAAGACGUGUGGUGUGUGUAAUUAUCAGUACUCAGUGCCACAUGAAGCACCAAAGCCGAUGCUCACUUGUUAGUAGAGUGAGGUUAAUCUGCUGGUUGCCCGCGGGGGUCACUCACGGCCAAGUCGCGCUCAGAUAAAGAGGGGCAGGAUGGUGACCGAGGUAAAUACUUUAAUUUUGUGUUAAAAACCGAUUGUCAUAGAGCCAGGUUGAUUGCAUGUAUUGUUAAUGAAUACUGUAAUAUGUUGAAAGUGUUUAAUAUCAGUGUAUAAUGUUAUUUUGUAAGAAAUUGAGACCAAAAACUUGUUCACAGUUCUUACGGUCAUGCCUACCUCAUCAAUAAAUGUGAGAGAGAGAA